UUCAUUACAGGGAACCAUUAAUCUAAAUUUCAAAGGGGCAAAAUCUUAAGCUUGUCCUUGGUGGCUGAUGUGCAUUCAAUUUAUAUCCUAGUUCUAAUAAAAAUUGAAGGGGAGACACUCAAGAUGGCUUGACUGCACCUGAUACUUCUCAGGGACAUUUGUUGCUGUAGAUGGCACCUUGAGCUGGGUGAUGUUGUGAUACUGGAUAGCUUUUUCCUAUUCACAGAAGCUGCAUCAAAUAAGUUACUGGCUAUUAUUGAAAGAAAGCCAUGCAGCAGAAAUAAGUUUGUAUGUAAUUUUGGUCAGUAUCGCCCAGCUCUACUGGUUCCUCAUCUUAUUUCCUGAUGACUGAAUAGAGUCUAAUCUCUGCUUGGGACGUUAAUUUGUGCAUCUUUAAAUGAAACUCAGUUGUUAGCAUUUCUUUUUGUCUUUGAGUUGCGCUCACACCCAUCCACAACCCUCAUCUUUAUUUCAUCAGGGCUUGCUUUUGUUCUUGUCUCAAUGUGUCCACCUGGUUUUCAAUGGCCUGUUUAACAUACAGGCACGUCUCAGUUUCUGGAUAGAGCACUCCAGACCUGCAGUUUUGUUUUAUAUUGUCUUGCAAAUAAGUUGGCAGAUAGUGUACAAGCACCACUCACUACAGCAACAACAAUAGGAACAAUAGGUGUGGGAGGAGAUCUUCAGUGAUUAAAUUUGUGUGCACCAGAGCCACCAAUGACUUGGAAAAAUAUCUUGAUUUCCAUAUCAUGGAUUGAAAAUGCAGUUACAUGUGAAUAUGUGAUGGGGAAAUGGCUUACUGGUGGAAAGGAUAUAAAUGUCUUAAUUUGAAUACUGUAAAAUAACCAUUUGAUUGUCAAAUAUCUUGUAAUCUAUUGAUGUCUUAUUCCGUUUCUUUUAUUUAAAAUGAUUGUCAAUUUAAAGGUAAAGAUUUAACAAAGAACCUCAAUGUUUUAAUUGAAAGAGUCCUUUGCUGACUGCCUGCCCCUAUUGCUGGCCAUGGUGUCCCCCCUUUCCAAGAGUGUGGUUUGACCAUUCUGGGCCCCUGGGCAGACCAAAAAAGGGAGCCAUUGUGAAUGAAGACCGCUUUUCCCAUUAGGCCCAGGCCGGGUGGUGAGGAUGCCAUGGGGUUAGGAACAGAUGUGGGUUCAGCUCUUAUAGGUGGAUAUGGGCGCUGGGGAAGAGACAGAUAUGGCCCCCCGAUAAGGACAGAUUAUCGGCUCAUUGUUGAGAAUCUUUCCAGCCGCUGCAGCUGGCAGGACUUGAAGGACUACAUGAGGCAGGCAGGAGAGGUGACUUACGCUGACACCCACAAGGGCCGAAGGAAUGAGGGGGUGAUAGAGUUCAGGCUCUACUCUGACAUGAAGAGGGCCCUGGAGAAGCUCGAUGGCACAGAAGUGAACGGUAGAAAAAUCCGGCUCAUUGAGGACCGCCCCGGAGCCAAGCGCAAACGCUCUUACUCUCGCAGUCACAGCCGCUCCAGGUCCCGCUCCAGGAGCCGCCGGUCUCGCAAGAGCCGCAGCCGUAGUGAGAGCAGCAGUCGCAGCCGCUCCCGCUCCAGAGCGGCUUCUCGCUCCCGCAGCCGAUCUCAUAGCAAGAAGAAUAAGGCCAAGAGCAAGAAGGAGGAAGAAGAGCGCAGCAACGGUGCUCAGAAGAAUAAGGACCGCAGCAGAAGUCGCAGCCCCAAGAGCAAAAAGGGCAAGAAAGACGGGAAGAAGAGCAAGAAGGAUGAUUCCAGGUCCAGAUCUCGCUCUUGCUCCAGAUCUCGCUCUAGAUCAGGAAUUAAGGAUCGCUCUAGGAAGUCUGGCUCAAAGGGCCGCGAUCAGCCCAAGAGCGAUGAUGAGGGUGGCGAGCCUGAGAGGGGCUCUCGCUCCCGUUCACGCUCCCCUGCUGAAUCCAAAUCCAGAGCCAGGUCUAAAUCAAAGUCAAAGUCCAAAUCCCGCUCCCCCUCACCCACCAAAGCCCGUUCCCACUCCCGAUCCGCCUCUCGUUCAGAGUCCCGCUCCAAAUCUCGCUCCCAGUCUCGUUCUCGCUCCCGUUCCCGCUCUUAGUUCAGAAUUUGGACAGUUUGUCAUGAGCCCUUAUCCUAGUGUUGCCCCCUGUUCUCCAAUUACAUUCCCCAAAUCCCACAACACUACCCCUCCUCCUGUUUUUUGAUAAAUAGCUGUAGAAAACCAGGCACUCAUGCUCGAUGUCUUUUAUGCACACGCUACUCCAUUUCAUUUUCCUUUUACUCGACAUAUUUUUUUCAUUAGAGCUGUCUUGUAUGGAGGAGUUUGUAAAACUCACAGGGUGCAAUCUCAGUUUUAUAAGUUUAAAUGAUAGUAUGUGUCUUAGCUUUUUUUUUAAUCAAAUGUAGAAGCAUACCAUUUUGUCAAAAUGCUGGGUGGGAAUAUGUUCCAACAUCUCACCUUUUGUGAAAUCCAUGUAUCAUUUUAUUUCAAAUAAAAAAAGCCUGCUCUGCA